AUGGGAGCUAUCUGCAAUGGCAUUUCCCUUUACAGUCCUGGCCUGUUUCCAUACUGUGCCACAUUCUUUAUAUUCACUGACUACAAGAGAGCUACUAUCAAAAUUUAUGCUUUAUGUGAAGCUGGGGUUAUAUAUUAUAUGAUCCAUGAUUCAAUUGGGCUGGGAGAAGAUGGACAAACUCAUCAACCAAUUGAACAAUCGGCAAGUUUUCUAGCAAUGCCCAACAUUUUGUUGCUGUACCCUGCUGAGAGAAAUGAGACUGAUGGUGAUAUCAAAGCUGCACCGACUCCGCAUCCUACGAUAUUAGAAGCACCAUCGAACAACAUAGUCCAUUUUACCAAAUCCUUUUGA